AUUAUUUCUCUUAAACAUCUCUCUCUCUCUCUCUCUCUCUCUCUCUCAAAGACUGAAUGGGUUCCUGGGUUCAUAACAGUUUUUGUGUUGCUAGAAUAUUAGGCCUGUUGCUUAUCGUUGGUUUUGUUCCUAAUAAUGGUGGUGCAAGUGAAGAGGCAUCAUGUGAUUUGUUCACAGGGAGAUGGGUUUUGGACGAAAACUACCCAAUCUACAAUCCGUCGUCCUGCCCCUUCAUCGAGCGAGAGUUCAGCUGCCAAAAGAAUGGCCGCCCAGACCAUUUUUACACCCAAUACAGAUGGCAACCACAUGACUGUGACUUAGCAAGUCCUUGACGUGUAUGCUUCACUCAGCUGUCCCAAAUGCUAACUACAAUUUCACAAGAGUAGAGGAUGUAUCUAUCUUCACUUUUACGGAUUACGGACUGAAAGUGAUGCUGGACCGCAAUGUGUAUCUAGUAGAUGUUGUAAGAGAAAAGAUUGGUAGGGUUUUGAAGCUUGAUUCAAUUGUGGGAGGCAAGUUAUGGAAGGAGAUUGACAUGCUCAUCUUCAACACUUGGCAUUGGUGGAAUCGCAGAGGACCCUCUCAGCCAUGGGAUUAUGUUGAAGUAGGAGGCCGGAUCAGCAAAGACAUUGACCGGAUGGUUGCUUUUGAGAAGGCACUCAUGACUUGGGCUGGAUGGGUGGAUUCAAACAUUGAUCCAGCAAAAACUAAAGUUUUCUUCCAAGGAAUUUCUCCCUCUCAUUACAAUGGGAGCCAAUGGGAUGAGCCAAAGGCAAGAAGUUGUGUAGGGCAGAAGGAGCCUUUGCUUGGAUCGACAUAUCCAGGAGGUUUGCCACCAGCUCUGAGUGUGCUGAAGAACGCCCUAAGCAAAAUCACAAAGCCUGUGACAUUGCUAGAUGUAACAAACCUGUCGCUCCUGCGCAAAGAUGGGCACCCUUCAAUCUAUGGGUUGGGAGGCACCACAGCAAUGGAUUGUAGUCAUUGGUGCCUUUGUGGAGUCCCAGAUACUUGGAACGAGAUUCUUUACAAUUUUAUUCUUUGAAACAUUUUUCAUUUAAUUCAUACCCACCAAAUUAUAGAAUUUGGCGACUUCUUAGAAAAAAUAAUAAUUGAUUUAUAAUGAUAUUCAGAGUUUUCUAUACUACUAUUUUUUUUU